UGCUUUUAUUGCCAUUGUAAAUUCUGUAAAUCUCCUCAAGGGACAACAAGAACAAUAAAGAAUAGGGAAGAGAGAAGAAGGGAAGCAAUCAUUUGUCAAGAGGGAGGCGCUACGAAAUCCUAACUGUGCCAAAGUUACUGUACUUCGAAACCUUGAGAGGACUUAAGUGGCUGCUGACAUAUGGAACAAGAGUAGAAAGAGGCGCUCAGUGAAGUCACUCCAUGAAUAUAAUCCAGAGGCAGAUGUAAUACAUCUUCUAUGCUGCUGAAAAAAGGCCCAGAUACUAAAGGAUGGAUCAGGUACUCUCCAGCCAGAGCUCAACUUCAGACCAGCUGGAACCAGACACUGAGGAGUUCCAGCGAGAAGUGGACUUCUUCAGGAAGCUGGGUUACACCACCGCAGAGGUGAAGGCUGCUCUGAGGAAGCUGGGCCUGAGCACAGACACCAACUCUGUGCUCGGAGAGCUGGUUAGGAGCAGGACCAGCACGGCACCCUGCAUAUCCAAUACUGAGAAUGAUGAGAAGAGGGCAGGCCGAAAAGACUCUCUGCUGCCUCCAAGUUGGGCCCAAGGACCUUUGAGAAUCACACCACAACUUAGGGACAGGAAGAAGACAGAGACAGAAUUGAGGCCUGUUGUUAUUGAUGGUAGCAAUGUUGCCAUGAGUCAUGGCAACAAGGAAGUGUUCUCAUGCCGAGGUAUCCAGCUGGCCGUGAAUUUCUUCAUGGACAAAGGUCAUAAGACCAUUACUGUGUUUGUUCCCACUUGGCGCAAGGAGCAGCCCAGACCUGAUGCCCCCAUAACAGAUCAACACAUCCUAACUGAGCUUGAAAAACGGAAAAUAGUGGUCUUCACUCCAUCGCGCCGUGUUGGGGGGAAGCGAGUGGUUUGCUAUGAUGACCGUUUUAUCGUCAAGUUGGCAUACGAGUCAGAUGGUGUGAUUGUAUCAAACGACACAUACCGUGACCUGCAAGGAGAAAGACCUGAGUGGAAGAAAUGCAUCGAGGAAAGGCUCCUCAUGUACUCCUUUGUGAAUGACAAGUUUAUGCCCCCAGAUGAUCCUCUGGGACGCCACGGCCCCAGUCUUGACAACUUCCUUAGGAAAAAGCCUCUACCUACAGAGCAAAAGAGACAGCUCUGUCCAUAUGACAAAAAGUGCACUUACGGCAUCAAAUGCAAGUUCUACCAUCCAGAGCGGGUAAACCAGUCCUACCUGUCCUUAGCUGAUGAAUUAAGAGAGAAAGCCCAGAUUUCUACUACAAAAGAUGAAAGAAAUUCCAGAUUAUCACCCAGACAGCUUCAGUCUGAUUCUGGGCCUGUUCGUAACACCUGUUCCUAUCCUCAAGAAUCUAACAUAGAGCACAUAAAAGACCAGCAAAUUUCUUCACAUCCCAGUCAGGUUAGUGAAAAUAAACUGCUGUACUGUGAUGACCCUAGAAACAGUCCAAAUCAUAUACCAUGUUCUGCAACAGGAGGCCAGUGUGAGAAAGAGUGGCCCCCGCUGCACUCAAUGCCCAAUCAUUACUAUGCCAACCUCUCUCACGAAUACUUGGAUUCUGGCCUUGGCUCUUAUGAGAGCCAGUACUCUGAUGUUUCGCAUUGCCUCAGCAACUCCCACAUGCUCAGGCACCACCAGCAAAGUGCCCUCGCUGGACCCAAACAUGCCUCGGUGCAUUUAGAAAAAAAUAACACCAGCCAGUCCUGCAGGUGCUGCUCCCAUGUAGUGCCCUCAAAAGCUCACCAGCAAGAUCGUAGAAACCUGGACUACAACGGUCAACUCAAAUAUGACGCCUACCCUCCUCACAUGCUCCCACAUGGUGUACCACACCAACACAGUCUUCCCACCAAUCUCCAGUAUAGCGGAGCCCCUCAUCAUCAGCAAAAUUACUGGUCUGAUCCCUUUCAGGAGCUGCACCAUGCCAGGACAUGUAGUCUCCCCACUUCGGUCCAUUCCUCACACCCCAACAACUCUCGCUGUUCCUAUAAGGGCCAGCAGUACCAUUCCUGGGGCCAGCCACAGCCACCUCCAGUGGCAUUUGACCCACAAAGGUUGGAACUCCGUAAGAACCUGCAAGCCAUCUUCAACCCACAUCAGGUGGAUACAGUUAUGGAAAUGUUCCCACAUCUGAUGGAUGCUGAGAAACUGGCUGCAGAGAUCCUCAACCUGAAGGUUCAGAGAGGGAUAUUCUGAUGAUUUAUCCUCUAUAGUCAAAUUUCACAUGAUAUUGCUGUUGACCUCGUUUAUAUGUCAAGCACUCUAGCAGCAAACAGACAAUGUAUUGAGAAGUUUCUAUAGUGUCUAUAGUUGAGUGAUUUGAAAGUUAAUUGCAAAGAUGUUUAGUUUUGUGUAAUGUGCUAUUAUGGAGGUGCAAUUUGCCUUCCUUUUGAUGAACAGUUUAGUUAAUCUGUUCAAAAUUAAAUGUAUUUGUAUGACAUUGUAGUCAAAUGUAACCCUGUCUUCCAUAUUUUGGAUGAAAAGUGCCUCUAGACCAAUAAUACUGUAGCUAUGAUUGAGUUUCUAGAGAUUUGACUGUUGAUGCAUAUUGUGUCUCUAUCUAUUUUAAUCUCCAAAAAUACAUUCUCAUGCAAUAAGCGAUAAAGUAUUACUUUUUCUUUUACAUUCACUGUAGUUCUCCAGAACAGCCCAUUGUUUGAGUUCAUCUCAGCUAGGUGAAAAAACAGUAUAUAUUUCAAUACACUGACGCUACCCAGUGCAUUCAGUUAAUGUAAUCAAGCAGAGGAUCUUGACCUUCACUUAAGAUUUACAGUAAAUUCUGAUCUAACAAGGAAACUGACUUUGACACCAGCAAAGAGAAUAUGCUGGUGUGUCAUCACCCUUUUCCCAUAAAUCAGCAUCAGUUUCAUGAAACAUUCUGACCAAGUGUUGCUGUAACACAACAUGUGUAUUUGGGUUACUCUGUGAUUGAAAAUGCAGUAAAAAAAUGUCAAUAAAAAUAUGGAAUUUAGUUCUCAUGAACAUGCAGAUUUACAUUCUCUAACAAACUGCUUUGUAAAGGUACAAGAUAAAAUUUUAUUGUAAGCAUGUCACUGGAAAUA